AUGGACCUCACCAUGAUCAAGACCAUCCUACGCAUCACUCUGGGUCUCUUAGCACCUUCCUUAAUCAAAAAGUAUGAGAAGUUGCCCUCGCUGAUAUUCCGGAGCAUAUUGUGGUUCAAGCGUCAGAAGCGAGGUGUGAAAGUGAAGCACAUCGAUCACGAGGGAUACAGAUUCACCUACUUCUCCCGAGGAGAGCCAGGAGCCCAGCCAUCCAUCCUGAUGCUGCACGGGUUUUCACUCAACAAAGACAUUUGGCUAAAUAUGAUCAAACUCUUCCCCCAGGACCUGCACGUGGUCUGCCUUGACAUGCCCGGCCAUGGAGACACCACCCGCUUGCUGGGAGAAAGUUACACAGUGGCUGCUCAGGCUAAAAGGGUCCACCAGUUUGUCCAGUGCCUCGAGCUGAACAAGAAGCCUUUCCACCUGGUCGGGAUGUCCACGGGCGGGAUGAUUGCUGGCGUGUAUGCAGCUCACUACCCCUCGGAGGUGUGCUGCUUGUCCCUCCUCUGUCCAGCUGGUCUGAAGUAUCCGACAGAAAGUGAGUUCUUUGCACGCUUAAGAGAAAUAGUUUAUUCUAAGGACCCUGCUGAUGGCACUCUUCUUCCAGUGAAUGAAGAGCAGGGAGAAAACUUACUCAAGCUUUGCUUGGCUCGUCCCACCACUGUAAACAUGCAGCGCCUAAAGGGGUAUCUUGAUGAUCAGAGACCACAUAAGAUGUUUUUUAUAACAUGUUUCUUAGAUAUCUCAAGUGCCAAGUCCAGGUUCAUUCUCCAUGAAAACAUGAGGAGGAUCAGAGCCCCAACACAGAUCAUUUGGGGAAGAGAGGACAAGGUCUUUGAUUCUACUGGUGCAGAAAUGUUAGCCACUGCCAUUCACAACUCCCAAGUGCAUAUGCUGGAGAAAUGUGGACACUUCAUAGCGCUAGAGAGGCCCAUGAAGACCGCAAAGCUUCUCUUGGAGUUUUACAGUUCUGUUUGUGAGCGCAUGGGGGACAAGCAGCCAGCACAAAGCUCACCGAGAAGCCAGGCAGCUGCAGAGUGAUGGAGAAGACGUCAUGGAUGUUUGCCCUGUUACAAGUCCUUGUUUU